AUGGCGCCCAAGGAAAGCUCGCUGGAACUGAGCCCGCCCCCGGCCUUCUUCAAGACGCGCAAUGAGCUGUUCGACAAGCGAAAGGCGGAGCGCGAGGAUUGGGUGGCCAAGCAGCCGAGAGAAGAGAUAGAGGUGUCCAUGCCGAAUGGCGACAAGAAGAAGGCCACGAGCUGGGAGACCACACCCGCUUCGAUAGCACGUGAAAUCUCGAAGAGCCUGUUUGAGCGCACAGUGAUAUCGCAAGUCGACGGAGAGUUGUGGGACUUGGAGCGACCGCUGGAAAAGAGCUGUAAACUAGAGCUGCUGGACUUCGAGCAUCCAGAGGGCAAGAAGGUCUUCUGGCACAGCAGCGCGCACAUCCUUGGCGAAGCGGCGGAGAGGCGGUACGGGUGCUCACUAUGCAUCGGCCCCCCCGUCGACGACGGCUUCUACUACGAGAUGGCGCUCCCGGACAUGGCUGCCGUCAUGCUCUCCGACUACAAGCCGCUCAAGCAAAUCGCGGAGAAGGCGAUCAAGGAGAAGCAGCCGUUUGAGCGUCUGGAGCUGAGCAAGGAGGACUUGCUGGAGAUGUUCGCGUACAACAAGUACAAGCAGCACAUCAUCAAGGACAAGAUUGCGGAUGGGACAAGCACGACUGUGUACCGAUGUGGGCCGCUCAUUGAUUUGUGCAGAGGGCCGCAUGUGCCGCAUACGGGGAGGGUCAAGGCGUUUGAGAUUAUGAAGAAUUCGGCGAGUUACUUUUUGGGGGAUGCGAAGAAUGAUAGUUUGCAGCGGAUAUACGGCGUGUCGUUCCCGGACAAGAAGCAACUAGAAGAGCACAAGCACAUGCUUGAGGAAGCGGCGAAACGCGACCACCGCAAGAUCGGGCAAGAUCAGGAGCUCUUCUUCUUCCACCCCAUGUCUCCUGGCUCCUGCUUCUUCCUCCCUCACGGCAUGAUCAUUUACAACACACUGCAAGUCUUCAUUCGCGAGGAGUACUGGAAGCGAGGCUACCAGGAAGUCAACUCACCCAACAUGUACAACUCCAAACUGUGGCAGCAGUCAGGUCACUGGCAGCACUACAAGGACGACAUGUUCACGUUCGACGUGGAGAAGGAGCAGUGGGCUCUGAAACCGAUGAACUGCCCCGGUCACGCACUGCUCUUCGGCCACCGAGAACGCAGCUACCGCGAGCUGCCCAUUCGCAUGGCUGAGUUCGGUAUCCUGCACCGCAACGAAGCGUCCGGCGCACUCACCGGAUUGACUAGAGUACGGCGGUUCAUGCAAGACGACACCCACGUCUUCUGUACGGAAGGUCAAGUCCUGCAGGAGAUUCAAGGGCUCUUCGAUUUCUUGAAGACCGUGUAUGGUCUGUUCGGCUUCACAUUCAAGAUGAAGCUUUCCACCAUGCCCGAGAACCAUCUCGGCGACGAAGCUACCUGGCACCGCGCCGAAGAGCAACUCACACAAGCUCUCGGUGAGUUCCAAGCCGAGACCGGCACGAAAUGGGAGCUCAACCCCGGCGAUGGCGCCUUCUACGGCCCCAAAAUCGACGUCACCAUCUCCGACGCCCUGAAGCGCGAAUUCCAAUGCGCCACCAUCCAACUCGACUUCCAACUCCCCCAACAAUUCAACCUAGAAUACCGCACCGAAGGCGAAGCCACCGCCCGCCCCGAACUCAACAACGGCGACAAGGACGCCCCCAAAGAACCCCCCAAAGCCGCCGACGGCGACGCCCAACCCGACGAGAAACUCGUCAUCCGCAGCGCCCCCGACGCGGCCCCGGACUCCUCCGCCGUGAAGAAAGACGAAGGCCACUUCCGCCGCGAACUCACGCCCGGCUGCGCGCGCCCCGUGAUGAUCCACCGCGCCAUCUACGGCUCGUUCGAGCGCUUCAUCGCCAUCCUCUGCGAGCAUUUCGGCGGCAAAUGGCCCUUCUGGAUCUCGCCCCGCCAAAUCCUCAUCGUGCCCGUCAUGCCGGCCGUCAACGACUACGUGCACGAACUGCAGGGCAUUUUCCGCGAGAAGCACAUGCACGUCGAUGUGGAUGUGAGCGGGAAUACGAUGCAGAAGAAGAUUCGCACGGGACAGCUGCAGCAGUAUAAUUUCAUUUUUGUCGUUGGCGCGCAGGAGAAGGAGAAGAGGAGUGUGAAUAUUCGGAAUCGCGAUGUGCCCGAGACGCAGAAGAUGGGGGAGCUGGUGCCGUUGGAGGAGGCGAUUGAGAAGUUGGGCCGGUUGAGGGAUGAGAGGCGGUUGCAUUCGGCUUUGUGA